GGUUAAGUUCUAAGCUUCGACCCACUUCGACCGUGCCCAACCGGCUACUUGACUCGCGAACCGUGGAUUUACGUGCUCGUCCAUCGGACCAGCUAGCGAUUGUUACGAAAUCGAGUCGCACGCGACCGAGGCUGAAAGUGAGAGACCUCCCUUCGCCUUCCGACGAGAAAAAGAUCGUCGUGAGAGAAACUCGUGCCUUUGUUCUCAGCGUUCAACGAUCCCUUUCCCUUUUACGCGUUUUUAAAUAAACGAGCACCCUUUGUUCCUUCCCUUCCUUGGUCUCUAACUGUUCCGAAAUGCGGAUUUCAAAUUUGGAAGCAGGUGCUUUCAUAAACAGAUUAACAUUACAGGGCUAUAAUUGCAAGGUGUUAUUUAAAUUUGACAAAAAGGCGAAUGUAAAAGUAUUUAAAUUUCAAAAGAUUUUUUUCUCUGUGUUUGAAUCAUUGCAGCGCCUUCGCGCCCUGGUGGAGGCGUCCCUUAACUCUUCCUUUCGACGACAGUCAAUAAAGAAGCAACGCGAUACUUACGGUAAAUGGUAAAACAGAGAAAAGGUGUGUUUUACUAUUUACCAUAAGCCUUUCGUACCAGUAGUAGCGGUAUUCCUCUGUUAGGUGGCGCUAGAGGUACAUUCAAUUGCAUCCACUGCAAUGCAGUUGCAUUUAGAAUGCAACUAUCGAUAAUGAACAGCGUUCGAUAAAUUGCAAAACGAUAUCUAGAUUCUAUUUAAAUGUUUGAAAAUUACUGUCUUCGAUAUAAUACUCGUAAUUGCUUCAUUUGAAACAGAGUAUCUCAAUUAUGAUGUACAAUUAUAAGUUGAUUACUAUGCACGCAUCGAAAGCGAAGAUGGGAAACUAUGCUAAACACGCGUGCCAUGUAAUUAUCCAGCAUUCCUCAAAUCGAGAUCGCCGUCUCGCUAUCAGGUUACUCAUCUAAAUCACAUUGCGUGCCGAUAAACCAUUAAGUGGUAGCAAUUACUCUAAAUUGCGAGUUUUCUAUGUUUACACAUAGUUGGAAAGACUAUUUAUUGAAUCUCCGUACGUUCAACCUUGCAUUCUCUUCACUUGCUGAAAUAAAGCAAUUAAACUUUCAAUCAGAUCUUGAAACUUUAAAUUCACACGUUACAAAAUUCAACUCCCCUAAAUGUAAAUUAAAAAAUAUUCAAAUAAUCGACAAAUUCAGAAAGCGAAAAUGAAUUUCAGAGUACAAAAGACAAGAUAUAUAAAAUAAAAUUCAAAGUAAAUCUACUUUUCACGAUUCCAAAGACAUAAAAGCAUAAAUUUUCAUUAUCCUCGAGAUGAUACUCUCUCCUUGACUCUGACUACGCGCAUGGAAAAAAUUACCAUGUAUAAUGCAAUGAUCCUUCGAGUCUCUCUGGUACGAUGAAAAAAAAAGUGAACCAAAAGCAAACGGGAUCAAACGUAUUCACGGUCUCGUAAUCAUCGCGUGUUUACCGUGAAAUCUCGGCAAAACGGUUUCUAUCAAACACGAUAAUUACAAUUUUCACUGCCAACUGAUGCUUGACUCUUUCGACUAUUACGUGUACCUUCGUGAAUUGUCCACUCUGUUUUUAUUUGUUACAACAGCGCAGUUUCCAUCGACACGGCCGUGAAAGUUCACCUAAAGAUACUCGAGUUUCUGGUCGUUUCCCGGAAGACUGAAUGUUGUUUCUUAAUGAUCCUUCUGUUUAACACUGAAACUAUUUAAUUUCUCUCGAUGGAUACGUUCGAUUUGCUGUUCCAUUUCCAUUACGGCAUAAAAUACUGGACUAUAAAAAUUGGCAUUUACCUGGUAGUAAUGUAAUGUAAGUUUUUAAAUAGUAAUUUAGUUAAGUAUUAUUAAUGUAUUGGGUGUGUUGGAGUCGGGUCGAAUAAAAAAAGUAAGAAUAUCCGCCGAAUUUUAGACUCGCUCGGUUUGAUUUCGCUUUCGAGUAGAAAUCGCAAAGCAGAUCGGUCAAAGAAUCCUCUCAUCCCAUCAUGAACGAAUUUUUCGCUUUCGAUUUGUACGUGACUAAAAGACAGAUCAAAACACGAUCCACAUUCUCGAUGGAAUGCUUUGCAAGGUUACCAACAGGAAAAACUAGUAUUAGACUUGGUGUCGCUCUUUUCACCUGUACACAAACCACCUCCGUGGAAGAUCGAGUUUUCCGAACGGAUUUAUCUGCCUCACAACAAUAUCACGAAGAGUUUCACUCUCUUCGAGAAGGCACGAGAUGCGAAAGUAAAUCAGGUUCCCUCUUUGGUGAAUCCAUCGGCGUGUGCAGCCUACGGAUCGGCAUCAAGAAACUAUAAAAGCUAGCUAAUCCACGCGACUGAUUUACUUACAUCUAGUCCAGAUUGUGCACCGUAAGAUCUGCACCUUGAAGAGACCUCAAGAUGGGGUACAGGGUACGUUUCAGAACCGAGGAGAUUCGAGUGAGAUUGAUUUGGUGUGACAGUGAAGCUUCAAGUUCAUCGUAGACGAAAGUGUUAACAAAUGUUUUACUCGUAACGAAUUAUUUUUUGAAAGCUUUUGUGAAUAGAUUUUCACUUAUUUUAUAGAAUAAUAUGGCGAUCUUCUUGAUACUCUUUGUGGCUACAGCCCUAAGUUCACCUAUUAAGGAAGAUGAGGAUCCCUCUACCGGAGAGAAAUACAAAAUCACGACGAUGAGGCCAACGUAUAUGAGACUACAAAGAAGUUUCUACCUUCCUGAAGAACAAUUAAGAAAUACUUCAGAGGACAAGGACCAGGGAGCGGGCUCAUCAGAAUCUGUCGAAAAACGCUACGACCCUUAUCACGAUCAACCGUGGAACGAACAUCUAGAGACAAGCCACUAUGACGAUCUUCCUGUAAGAGGCGACCUGGAAGAGGCAGGGACGUUCGCUCACGACUACGACGGAGGUGGAGUACCGCUCGGUGUUCCACACGAUGGUCAAGUUCUAGGUCACCACGUUCACGAGGACGUGCAGAAAAUGGUCACAGUUAUAAAGAAGGUAGCUGUGCCCUAUCCAGUUGAGAAAACUGUCCGGUACCCAAUCGUGAAGAAUAUACCAUACCCAGUCAAGGUACCAGUAGCUCAACCCUAUGCAGUCGAGAAGAAGGUACCAUACCCUGUGAAGGUUUUCGUGAAGAUGCCUUUCAAGGUACCCAGGCCGGUACCUGUUAUCAAAGAAGUACCGUAUCCAGUCCAGGUACCUGUCGAUCGUCCGGUACCAGUGAAGGUUUACAUACCAGACCCGUUCCCAGUUGAAAAGAAGGUCCCUUACGAAGUUAAGGUACCAGUACCUGAACCGUUCCCUAUCGAACGAAAGAUACCGGUACCGGUGAAAGUGCCUGUACACGUAUCUCAACCCUAUCCUGUCGAGAAAGUGGUGCAUUAUCCCAUCAGAAUCGAGGUGGAGCAACCGAUACCUGUACCGGUACCUAAACCUUAUCCAGUACCGGUAUCCAGGCCGGUACCUUAUCCGGUUGAACAGCCAGUACCGGUGGCUGUGAAGGUCGAGAUUCCUAGGCCGGUACCAGUGCCUGUCGACAAGCCAGUACCGGUCAAGGUGAAGAUCCCUGUACCUGCACCCUAUCCAGUCGAAAAAGAGGUACCGUACACCGUUGAGAGACCGGUACUCGUACCCGUAAAAGUACCGGUCGAUCGGCCCGUACCCGUUCACGUGACAAAGCCUGUGCCUUAUCCUGUCGAAAAACCCAUUCCUUAUCCUAUCAAAGUGGCGGUCCCUGUACCGGCACAUCGUGAAAAUCUCGAACAUCCGAUGGAACAUUACGAUUGGAAACGAUGAAUCGUGAUCGAAGAUGGAUGGUAGGUUAAUUGUUUCGUUAGGAUGCUUGUGUAGGCGUAGAGUUGUUAUUUAAAUUCCAAAUUGAUAUGUAAAUUUUUGGAUAAGAAUUGAAUUUAAGAACGAAGAUAGAGGAGUGUUGAAAAGUCGAGGCAUAUGUAUCUCUACGAGCAUCUAGAAACUAUUGCGAAGUACAAUUCACUAUUUUUGUAUUUUAAUGUUUAAUUAAUGCUAUUUGUAUAAUGGCAAG